AUGAGUAGUGACGAAGCAGCACGGUACUUGGAAAGGCAAAGACCUUUGGCAUCAGGCGUUGUAACUGUAUCUUCAACAAUAACAUCAACUCAACGACGAGCUUUAAAAGAAGGAGAAUGGGCUUGUGUCGAUGCUAAAUGUGCUUAUAUUAAUAGCGAUCGACACGUGGUUUGUGAUCGAUGUGGUAAAAGUAAGCCUCGAUCAAAAAAUCGCGUCGGUAGAGAAAUUGGAAAGGAUGCCGCAGAAAAAUCUAAAGGUUUAUUUGCAGCAGAGGAUUGGGCUUGUACGAAGUGUGGAAAUGUAAAUUGGGCUCGGCGAAUUGCGUGCAAUAUUUGCAAUGCUCCGAAAUUAGGCGAUUUGGAAAUUAGAACGGCACUAAAAAAGUGUACAAAUCAAUCCAAACCGAGUAUAAGACCUCGAAUAUUCUGA